UCUAAAGUAUCCACCUAACUAGCGACUAGCGUAUCGUCGACAUCUCAGUAACGCUUCGAACGGCCGCCGAGCAGCUUGUGUGUGUGGCUGUACCAAAACAGUAUUCGAAAUGCAGUUUCAAUUUACGUGUUUCGUACUUGUGUUUUAUCUUACGGAAUUUAUAAAUGCAGAUAAACAAUGUCGAAUGCCGAAUGGCAACGCCGGAGAAUGUAAGACGAUGAAGAAAUGCAAGCCUCUAUACGAACUUAACAAGAAGAGAGUCAAGACUGACAACGAACUGUUGUAUUUGAGACAAUCCUUGUGCACUGUCACAAGUGGCUUCAACGCGGUGUUUUGCUGUCCACCAGAAUCGCAGUGGUCUGACUUCAAUGGUAUAAAGCCUGUUUUAUAUGACGAAAUUAAAAUGUACGAUACAGUACUCAAAGAAAAACCCGUUACAAUCAGCGACAAUGGCAUUGAUUUGGACACUCGGGGUAGUAAAGACGACAGAGAUCCACCGAACAAUAGAAAUCAAGACAAUAUUUCCAAGGUACCACCUAUACAAGAUGACGAUACAGAAUGUGGGAAAGAUGUAUCUAAUGAUAACAGAAUAAUUGGUGGAGGCCCAGCGGGGAUCGACCAAUAUCCCUGGUUAGUGCUCCUCGAAUAUGCGAAAGGGCUCACACUUUGCGGCGGAAGUCUUAUUACAUCAAGAUUUGUUCUUACUGCAGCGCACUGCUUACGAGCCGAAAAUUUACCGCUUUUCGCUCGACUGGCAGAAUAUAACACUUCGUCUUAUCCAACUGAUACCGUGGAGACGGACGGAGGUGGAUUCGAUAACAUCACGGUGGAAAUUGUACCAAUUGAGAGAAGUAUACGUCAUCCCAACUACACGCGGGCGUACCUUCAUCAUGACAUCGGCCUAAGUAAAUUAAAACGAGCUGUAACUUUUACAGAAUUCAUCCGUACGAUAUGCCUACCAACGCAAGAUUAUAGGAAAACUUUUACUGUGCCAUUAAAUUUCACUGUCGCCGGUUGGGGUAGUGACGGUUCAAAAUUUAGCGAAGUCAAGAAACACGUUAAAGUACCUUAUGUGCCGAACGAUCAAUGUCGAGAAAGAUAUACAUUGAAUAAAAUAGUUGAUAGUCAGAUGUGUGCGGGAGGGAAACGUGGAGAAGAUUCCUGCUCUGGUGAUUCCGGUGGACCAUUAAUGUAUGAACUGGAAGACAAUACGUACGUAGCUAUUGGUGUGGUUAGCUUCGGUUACAAAGAGUGUGGUACUGUGAACGUACCAGCAAUAUACACUUAUGUUUAUGAAUAUUUAGAUUGGAUAAAAGAUAAUAUGGUAUGAAAAUGGUAAAGACUUGUAUUUACUAAAACCUGAUAUGGCUUUAGAUAAAUAUUGUGGUGCAAAUUAUGUGACCUCGAUAAUUUUAGUUAGCUAGAAGAGAUUAAUAGAGUUGAGGAGAUUGACUGAACGCAUGAUAAAUUGUCAUCAAAGAUGAACAAACUUAUUAUUUAAGGAAUUUAUAUUUAAGAUAAUAAUUGAAGACAUGAAAAUUGAACAUAGAAUAAUUUAAA